AUGUCAUGUGUGAUGGCACUACUGCCAAACCAAGAGACGUGCGAAAAGCUCUGCCGCUUCUUCUUCGCGACCGUGUUUCCCCUUAUCCCGAUCUUUCACACCAAAGGCUUCGCCGAAGACUUCCGGUCAUUCUGGGACGGGAUCAACCCCGACGAUCUACACAACUCCGAGCCUAGCAUGUUCAUGCGACGGAAACCGGCUUUCCUAUCUCUGCUGUCAGCCGUCCUGUUUGCAGCUCUAUCCGCAACGUCGCCAGCUCGACUCGAGCAGAUGUUUGAACAUCCUGCCGAGCUCAAUGUCGGAGACGCAUACUUCAUAACAAUGGUCUCUACAACGUUGACUGGCUUCCCGCGGCGUCCCAGCGUCUACUCGCUGGCGGCAUACAUCAUCGCCCAGAGUCAAUUCGUCCGCGAGGAGGAGUUUUCCGACGCACCUGAUUUCAUUGGUACCUCUUUCCGUGUCGCACUUGGGAUGGGAUUGCACAGACAGCUACCGGAGUCGAGUUUUGGUGCUGCUGAACUUGAGACCAGGCGUCGUCUGUGGUGGUAUAUCCUCCAUUUGGACGUCAUGUCAUCGGCUUCUUCUGGUCUUUCUCCUCUUUUCAUCAACCAAAAGAUGGCAAACACGGAAGCGAUAUCUCAGUACGAUCCACCGGACAAUGUAGGGGGGGAUCGACAAGAAGUCGACAUUCGGUACCUGGUGGCAUCUCACCGUUACGCCAUCACGAAGGAGAUGAGAGAGAUCCUCGUGCUCCACUUCGAAGAUUCUUUUGAGACCUUAGAGGCAGUUGAAGAAUCCGCUGACAGGCUGCGAAGAAUAGCAACCCGGAUUAGUCCAGCCGUAGAAACUCUUCUCACAGUCUUAAAAAAUACAGACUCGGCCGCCUCCACUGUACCUGAGACGCGCGGAACAAUGCAUCCAGACAUCGGCCAGACGUGGACGCUGCAACCGAACCCGAACGAUAAAGACAUCGUGAACUUCUCUGCUUGGUCCGCUAUGCUCCUCCAUCUGAUGGUUCACAAAGCAUACUGCGUCUUGUACCACCCGCUCUUUAGGGACCCUGCGAUGGUAGCACACGACAAUGUUGGCACGAAUGCUGUGAAACAUGCGCAAGCAUUCAUCCAACUGUUCAUCCGAGUGUGCAACGAUCCCAUCUCCGAGCCUUACCACUGGAUGUACCCAGGCACCUAUCAACCACUCCAAGCCGUAUCACUCCUCCUCGCCGACCUGCUGCAACAUCCUCAUAGUGACGAUGCCACCCUGUCUCGUGGGCUUAUCGACGCUAUCUUCGAGCUGUAUCAGGUCGACGAAGGCAUCGUGAGUGAACACCAUCCGCCCAAGCGUCAGCUCUCACCUUCAGGAAGAGAGGCGUGGACGAUGCUUGUCCGCACACGUCAGAGGACGUUGCAGCAGGUAGGCAUGGACCAUCAUGUUCUUUUCCCCUCCAGCAUCGUUACAUCGAACAGAUGUAUUUGCGGCGAGAAGAUCUCUGUGGACGGCCACGACCACAGAGGCGGGACAUACCAGCACCGCCCUACCAUCGGCGCUGAUCCUGGGGGCCAGGUAUCAGUCGAUGGCGAUGAGUUGGCAUCGCAGGUGCAGGGAGAGAUGGACGAGGGAGACGCUUUACGCACUCCGGGUGAGAUGUUGUAUGAUCACGGGGAUUUCGACUGGCACGCUUGGGACAAUGCACUGGGUCCUUCUGUGGGAUUAAUGCCGUGA